AUGGCCACAACACUGCAGCAAGACUCCUUGCAUGUCCAGAAUGGUGUAUCCGUACACCACUCGACUCAUGAAUCUCAGGGGCCACCACAGAACAAUGAGUUCGUAAUUGACAGGUUCUGGACGUCUUAUAAACAGGCUGCAACAGAGUACGAUCGUGAGUUUCUAGAGCGGAACAACAGCGACAUGGACGUCAUACUCCUUUCGUCUGGUCUCUUCUCUGGUGUCAAUACCGCCUUCAUUAUUACCAUGCAACGCAACCCCACGAUCCCCUUGUUGUGGCAGCUCGUUCAGAACACAUCACUCAAUACCACCAUCUCACCUUUCGCUGCCUCAGCAGCAAACUCGCCAAAUACUAUCUGGUUUCAGACCUUGGCAUACAUUGCAUUGUCGCUCAACCUUCUGGCCGCUUUUGGGGCUGUCCUCGGUAAACAGUGG